AUAACCCACUCCGAAAGCAAUCCCAAAAUAACUACAAAAUGCCUCAUAAAAACGGCACAACAGUCAUUGAACAUUAUAACAACGGAGAUCACACCAAUGGCCAUCACACCAAUGGACACCAUACGAAAGGCACCCAUUCCAACGGCCAUGUGCCGUCCCAGUCGAACGUGAGCGUGGACACGAUUGCCAUUUCACCAAAUGCACCAGACGCUGUUCCAGCUCUGAUCGACCAGAUCGCAUCCCACAAAUCCAUCUCUCUGGAGGAUUCACAAGAAAGACUAAGACUGCGAGAUGCUGCGAGAUCCUUAGCGAAUGCGCUGGAGACCCCGCGCGAGGCGAUUGUCAGACAGUGCUGGACUACAGCUACUCUGCACGCUGCUAUUGAAACUGCCCUCGCUAUAGGUGUGUUCAGCGAGUUAUCUCGGGACGAGCCCAAGUCUGUCGCAGAGCUUGCGGUGACUACACAGAGUGAUCCGGUCUUGUUGUCGCGCAUCAUGAAGCAUCUGGCAUCUAUGACCGUCGUCACUGAAGCGGGACCGGACGAGUACAUCGCAACGAAUCUCUCGAUCACACUGAGUGUGGAGCGAUAUGGAGAUGCUUUCCCUGCCCUCUCAGGUUGGUUAUACCCAGGUAUCUACGCUAUCCCUGCCUUCCUUAAACAGAACGGUUUCCGCAACCCAACCGAUCCCACCAAGUCCCCAUAUCAGCUGGGACAGCGUGUCGACGAACACUUCUUCGAAUUGGUACAAAAGAACCCUACCCUUGCCAAACAAUUCGGCAACCACAUGUCGGUGUACCAUCAGGGACGACCGAGCUGGAUGGACAAGGGCUUCUACCCAGUGCAGGAGCUGUUGAUUGAGGGUACUGAGCUGAGCGAGAAGGACGUCUUCUUGGUUGAUGUGGGUGGUAGCACUGGGCACGAUGUGUCUGAAUUCCGUCGCAAGUGGCCGGAAGUGCCUGGGCGGCUUGUGGUGCAGGAUCUCCCACAGGUUAUAGAAACUGUGAAGGACGUGCAUGUGUCCAUUGACCCAAUGGCGCAUAAUUUCUUUACGGAGCAGCCGGUGAAAGGAGCACGGGUGUACUAUAUGCAUUCGGUUCUACAUGACUGGCCUGAUGAUGUGUGCGGUCAGAUCCUGUCCAACCUUAUCCCAGCCAUGAAACCGGGGUACAGUAAGCUGUUGAUCAAUGAGUAUGUUGUCCCCAGUCUCGACGCGCAUUUCGAAACGACUAGCCUUGACAUGAUCAUGAUGUCAAUUGCCUCGGGGGAACGGACGGAGAAGCACUGGACUACGUUGAUUGAAUCGGCGGGGUUAAAAGUAGUCAAGAUCUGGACGGUGGAAAAGGGAGUGGAGAGCUUGAUAGAGUGCGAAUUGGCGUGAAAUCAGGACCUGUCUACGAUGCAGGAGAAAUCGGUAUGAGUACCAUGGAUCCGGUUAGCCGUACAUUUUUGUCAAACACUUUAUCUCGAGAAUGUAGUAUGUUGAUAAGGAAUUUUACCAACGGUCCAGUGAGAGAGAAGGAAUGGACGAUAGGCGGACUGAUAACGGAGCUACGCCGGGAGUGGAUCCCAGGGUGGAUAAGCGCACGGAGGGAGACACCGGCUGUCACACAGAUGCAGGGCAGGAUAAUGGGAGGGGUCCUGGGCGUGGGUAGUAAACUAGGUAUGCUCCAAACUAACCAUGGGCAGGAUGGUAGCAUUCAAACGGCG